AGAACGUAAAAACAUACUGUUGUUUCCACUUUAUUGAUUUACUAAAUAACCAAUAGACGACUACAUGGGCGUGGAUUCACGACAGCGUUUACGGGAAUUGACGCUUGCUUGGAAGACUCACCGCCGAGACUUAGCAACUUCAUUGCACAGGAACUCUUAUCGAUGAUACAUGCUCAAAAACAUCAUCAUAAUAGGAUAAUAUAAGUAGCCUACACUGAUAUUGGGCCGUUCUGGAGGAGAAAGUUAUUUUUUCCAGACAUUCGUGGACGGCAUAAAGUAAUAGACAUAGUGAAUGCCGCGAAACAAGGCAAUGGACAUGGGCAGGCAGCUGUUGGUAAAGAUGCAGAGGACGAGGAAGGGCAAGUUCACGCCAAUCCCUGUAUUACCACAGGGCCUCGAGGUCCACUUCUACCUGCGAGACUCUCACCAGCUGGAGUUUCUCCGGGGUUGUUACACUGCUGAGGAGCUGUGCACAGAGGCAGCCAAGAAGUGUGGCAUUUCACCUCUUUGCUUCAAUCUGUUUGCCUUGUAUGACGAGGGCAUGAACAUCUGGUACCCUCCCAAUCACACGUUCAAAAUCGAGGAGAGCACCUGCUUAAAGCUCCACUAUCGCAUGAGGUUCUACUUCACCAACUGGCAUGGUGCGAAUGACAAUGUGCCACGUGUUUGCAGACAUGCCCUCAAGAGAAAGAACGGCAAUGGGCCGAAGACCGAAUCAGGGGGUACGGCACUCCUUGAGGCUGCCUCACUGAAGUAUCUGUUCGCCCAGGGUCAGCAUGACUUCCUGAAGGGGCGGGCCGCAGUGCGUAACCCUCAGAAUGAAGAGGAGGCCCACUGUAUUGAGAAUGAGUGCCUGGGGGUGGCAGUGUUGUCUAUCACACACAAUGCCUUGGAGAAGAACAUCGUCAACCCAUAUUUAGCAGGACAGAUCAGCUAUAAGAAAUACAUCCCAGAGAGCAUGAACCAAAUCAUCAAGCAGCGGAACUUCCUGACACGACUCCGCAUCUCCCGGGUGUUUCAGCACUUCCUUAACGAGUUCAACAACAAGACAGUGAAGAGCAACAAAGUCAACAUCCAUGACAUCAAGGUCAAAUACUUGGCUACGCUGGAGACUUUGACCUGUGGGUUCGGCUGUGAGAUGUACAAGCCUGAAGUGCUACGUGUUACUGACAGCGAAGGGGAGAUCGAAGGAACACCCACUUCCUGUAACCAGGGUCAGCCCACCCAGUACCAAGUCCUUGUGUCUGGAAAUACAGGGAUCAAGUGGCGGAGGAAGCAACAGAAUAAUGCAUGGACUGCCAAAGAGUUGAAAAAAUCUAAAAAGUACAAAACCGACAUCAACUGGAAGAACAAACCAGCUCAAGACGUUUCAAAUGACUGGAAAACCUUCUCUGAUUUCUAUGAGAUUACACACAUCAACAUCAAGGGCUCCACAGUUACUGUCCACAAGCAGGACAACAAAAAGAUGGAACUGAGCCUGGGUUUCCAUGCAGAGGCAUUGUCUUUUGCCACCCUCGUUGAUGGAUACUUCCGUCUGACAGUGGAUGCACAUCACUUCCUGUGUACAGAUGUGGCCCCUCCCUCUGUGGUACAGAACCUGCAGGAAGGCUGUCAUGGUCCAAUCAGCAUGGACUACACCUCCCACAAGCUGCGUCAGGAGGGCAGGGAGGAGGGCAUGUAUGUGCUGCGCUGGAGCUGCAUCGACUAUGACCACAUCAUCCUGACUGUCAAAUGCAAUGAAGUGGACCAGACCGAUAGCCAUCCGUACCGUAGCUUUAAGAUCGAGGUGGGGCCGGAAGGCUACGGCCUGAGUGGUACAGCCCUGAGGCAGCCCUCUCUCAGGGAGCUGAUGGAACAGCUGAUUGGCCAGAGACUUAGCACAGACGGAGUCUUCUUCCAGCUCCGCAAGGCCUGCCCUCCGCAGCCCAGAGAAAUGUCUAACCUGCUACUAGUGACAAAGAGAGAUGCGGAGCCGAUGUACCCCGUACAGAGUCAUGUCAUCUUCCACAAGAUCCUCAACGAGGACAUAGUGCAGGAGGAGCACUUGGGCUGUGGCAACAGAACUAACAUCUAUGCUGGGAAAUUUAAGAUAAAGAGUGAGGAAGAGAAGGAUGUGUGGGGUUCCCAAACCUACCACGAGGUGAAAGUGGUCCUGAAAGUGCUAGGGUCCCAACACAGAGACAUCUCUAUGACUUUCUUUGAAACGGUCAGUAUGAUGCGUCAGGUGUCCCAUCAACACAUCACUCUGCUGCACGGUGUCUGUGUUCGCAACCAUGACAAUAUCAUUGUGGAGGAGCAUGUGACGCUGGGUCCUCUGGAUGUGUUCAUGCGGGGACAUCGUCUUGAACUCAGCGCCUCCUGGAAGUACCAGGUGGCCAAACAACUGACCGGCGCCCUCAGCUACCUGGAGGAUAAGAAGCUGGUCCAUGGCUAUGUGUGUGCUAAGAACGUCCUAGUGGAGCGGGAUGGCCUAGAGGGAGAGACUGGGCCCUUCAUCAAACUGAGUAGCCCUGGGGUCUCCAUCUCCUCACUCAACAUACAAGAGUGUGUGGAGAGGAUCCCAUGGAUCGCCCCAGAGUGUGUGAGGAACAGCCAGGCCCUGAGUGUUGCAGUGGAUAAGUGGGGAUUUGGCACCACACUGUGGGAGAUCUGCUAUGAGGGAGUUGCUCCUCUCAAGGACAAGAAACUCAUAGAGAAGGAGAUGUUUUACUCAGCCCAGUGUUCCCUGGUGACCCCAGACUGCCCUCAGCUGGCUGAGCUCAUCACCAAGUGCAUGAACUACGACCCCAAGAGGAGGCCCUUCUUCAGGGCCAUUGUCAGGGACCUCACCGGGGUGGCCGAGCAGAACCCAGUCCUGCCACCUGGUAGGAUGCCCAUCCAGGAAGUGGACCCCACUGUGUUUGAUACGAGGUUCCUCAGGAAAAUUGAUAACCUGGGAGAGGGUCACUUUGGUAAGGUGGAGCUGUGUCAGUAUGACCCCCAUGGGGACGGCCGAGGGGAGCUGGUGGCGGUCAAGUCUCUGAAGCCAAACAGCAAAGGCCAGCUGCCCUGCCACCUGAGAAGAGAGAUAGAUACCAUGAGAGAACUGUACCACCACAACAUUGUCAAAUACAGAGGAGUGUGUAGCGAGGAGGGUGGGAGGACCACUAAGCUGAUUAUGGAGUACCUGCCAGCGGGGAGCCUGAAGGACUACCUUCCCAAAAGAAAACACCAGACUGACCUCAAGAGACUUCUCAACUACGCCCUCCAGAUCUGCCAGGGAAUGGAUUACUUGGGAUCCCAGCGGUUCAUCCACCGGGAUUUGGCGGCCAGGAACGUUCUGGUGGAGAACGAGAGCACAGUGAAGAUCGCAGACUUUGGCCUGACCAAGAGCAUGAAGGAGGACAAGAGUUACUACACUGUCAAAGAGGACACCGAAAGCCCUGUGUUCUGGUAUGCUCCUGAGUGCCUGGUGGGCUCUAAGUUCUACCCUGCGUCUGACGUGUGGUCUUUCGGAGUGACCCUCUAUGAGCUGAUGACCUAUUGCGAGUCAAGCAGCAGUCCUGAGCCGGUAUUUUUGAAGUUGCUUAGUCCAAGCGAGGGUAAGAUGACUCUCACCCGAUUGGUGGAAUUUCUGAUAAACGGCAAGAGGCUGCCAUGUCCACCUCACUGCCCAGACACGGUGUACUCUCUGAUGAGGAGGUGUUGGGAGUUUGACCCGGCGAACAGGAUACAGUUCAAAGGCUUGAUCACAGAGCUGGAGACGCUGCUGGACGAGAGGCACAGAGGAGAUAGACUGGCUGUCUGAACUGCUAGAGCUCACACAUAGAUGGAAAUAUACAAUAAUAUAAAAUACAUUGAGUAUACCAAAACAUUAGGAACACCUUCCUACUAUUGAGUUGCUCCCCCCACCCCCUUUUUGCGCUCAGAACAGCAUCAAUUCGUCAGGGCAUGGACCCUGCAAGGUGUCGAAAGCAGGCCAGCAUCCCUGUGGAACAUGUUGACUCCAAUGCUUCCCAAAGUUGUGUCAAGUUGUGUGGAUGUCCUUUGGGUGGUGGAUCAUUCUUGAUACACCCGGAAAACAGGUUCUGCUUGAAAAACCCAGCGAUGCAGUUCUUGACACAAACCGGUGGGCCUGGCACCUACUACCAUACACCGUUCAAAGGCAUUUACAUUUCUUGCACAUCACCCUACGAAUGGCACAAAUACCCAAUCCAUGUCUCAAGGCUUAAAAAUCAUUAUUUAACCUUUCUCCUUCCUUUCAUCUACACUGUUUGAAGGGGAUUUAACAAGUGACAUCAGUAAGGGAUCAUAGCUUUCACCUGGAUUCACCUGGUCAGUCUGUCGUGGAAAGAGCAGCUGUUCUUAAUGUUUUGAACACACAGUGUGUAUGCCAUUUAGCAAACGCAUCUGUCCAAAUAGACGGAUGGAUGGAUGAAAAGGCAGAGAGGCUGACAGACAGUCUAAUGUCAGUUAACAGAAACAGACAGACGCAUGUUAGCACAGACAGACUGACAUUGACUACUACAGACAUAAAAAUAGAAGUAAUCUAGCACAGACAAACCGAUCAACAUACACAUGCACCGACAGACCAACGCACAGAAAGACGUUAACCAUCACUGACAGACAGAAAGCACAGAAGGACAAAAGCUACAUUUCUUUACAAUACAGAAACACAUUGCCCAGAUGUGGGCUUGAUGUUUUUACUUUUCCACAUACUGUACAAAUUCAGUAACUCAAAUGUAUUCUGACCUUCAAAUGCAUGCUGCUGUCAUUCACUAUGUUCUUUAGUACAGUAUUUGUUCCUUUCUUUUUACAAGCUUGAUACACAUUGUAAGUUAAAUAGGACCCUUUUGGAUAACUGAGUUAGUUCAUUUUGUAAGGAUGAAAGACAUUGAGGCGGUAAUUUGCAUUAGCCGACAAACAGAUAACUUUUUUUUAGCCGGUGUCAGAGGUGUAACCAAUGAUGUAUAUAAACCCUGGGUUGCUGAUGCUAUGCAUUGGCCAAUGAGAGGCUUUGAAGCCACCGGUUGGGUAUAUUGGCACUCCCCAGAAGAAGCAGUCCUCCAUAGGAAUUCUAUAGUAUUUCAAUUAAUUGUUUCAAGGACAAAAUUGCAUGUAUUUAAGUACUUUUCUUGUUGUAUCGGGGACAUUAACAUUUGUAUGUUUAGCUCAGAUAAUAUACUUAAAGUAUGCAUCAACUUGUCGGUAAUAGAAUAAAUGUGGCAACAAAUUUAUUCUAUAGCUUCCAAGCUAUUUUUUUACAAUGGUGGGGGAGUGCCCCCUGUCAGUCAUCUAGUGUGUAUAUAUACAUUAUUUGGUGUAAAUCUUACUACAAGCUCUACACAGGCACAAGAUUCAGAGUGUUGCAAAAAAGGGAUGGCUCCUUAUAAUACGCUCCGGCAGUCAACAUACUAUUUACUACCUGAAAAUUGAGACACACUGUAUCAUUCCUUCCGCAGCUGUGGGGGUAGUGUUUGUUGCUUGGUUCCUUGAUCUAAUCUGUAGGCUACAGAGGCUAUUCAUCAUCACAGUAGCCCAUUUUGCAUUGAAAUAUAUUCUCAGUGACUGUUCAAACAGUAAACCACACGACAAGAAUCCACCCCAAAAGGCAUUUUAGUUUAGAAGUAAUAACUAUUGAUUCAGGCUAUUGCGAAAUGGUAGAACCUGCUGUAGUCAACUAGCUAGCCAUGUGCAUUUUUCUCUAUUACCAUAACAUGAUGUUCUAUUUUUAGCUGAUAUGGGAAUGAAUACACAAGCAGCAUAUCAAACUGGGAUAAUGUUUUAGGUUACACCGGCAAGUAUACAAAUAUUUGCCAGGGCAUAUUUUUUUUAUUAUAAAUCGGAUUAUUUCACAUGGAGAUGUGGGAAGGUAAAAAGGCAAGCUAGCUUGAAAUGUUUUAGCCAGGCUAAAGCCAGCUAGCCACCACUAGCAAGGGAAGGCAAUAGUUCCUUGCCUUCACAAAAUGGAAAGACUAAAAUAUUAAAACGUUGCUAUUGCCCCCUAGUCAAUGGGAGUGGGACCGGUGAUGAUAUCAUGUUAAUAAAGUUGUCCGCUACUCCAAAAAUCCCACUCUACCCACGUGUGUACACAUAGAUCAACAGAGUAAAGCCUGUAGUAAACUUCAAUAGCUUUCACCCCAUAAUUGAUUUAACCUUUAUUUAACUAGGCUAAUCAGUUAACUGUGUUAGAACUGUCAAAUCUGUGAGCCCAAUUGAGUAGAUUAUUUCACACAUUCCAGUGUUCAAACUGCUGCAUGGGAUUUCUACUCAUGAUGCGACUAGGUGUGUCCAAUGGCGAUAGGUAACGCAGGGGACCCUUGUGGAUUUGACACCUCUUAACGCAGUUAUACCUCCGAUAGCGCCUAAACAAAAGCAAUGCAUUUGUUGGCUAAUGCGGCUUACCGCUGAUCUGAUUUAAGCCUGGCCUGCAUCUUUAAGGCAUGCACUUUCAAUAUUAUUUUAUAAUACGCAAAGGGUUCUAAUCUGCAAGAAUAUCUCCUACAAUUUUGGGCCGAUUUUCUUCAUUUUAGGCUCAUCGUCCCACAUGGGAUUAUCCACUUCAUAUUCCGCUGUGUUUUGUGUACAUUUUCCUAGUUUAUGUGUUUGGAAUUGCACGGUUACUAUUGCAUCAUCCUGCCAAAACUCUGAAUCAAUAAUCACGUCAUAAGGAAUUCCCCUCGACCACUCCCAGCAAAUUGGGGGAAACAAACAUUCUUUCCCAUUGACCCCCAUUGUAAAAGAGCCAACUUGGUUGUUUAUUUCUAAUCCCUUAAUAUUAUUGUUUGAUCUCAUUUUAACAGCUAACAUUUCGAUAGCAACAAUAAAUCGAUAUGCCGAUAGUA